UCAACUGGUUUUUGGUAAAAAAGCAUUUUUGAGAACCCUGGUCAGAGCCACCAUGUUUAUCACAAAAACUGAGCAUAAAAGCAGAGUAAACAAUGAUAUCUAAUCAGUACUGAUUUACUUUCCUGCAUUUAUUGUUAGGAUGCUGACAUUUUCGAUAACAACCCCAAAACCUUAGCCAUCUAGAUGGAGUAUUUACAAUUGUGUAAGGCUAAAAUGACACAGAAUUAAACAAAAAAAUCCUCCAGUUUCUGAUCGAAAGCACACUAUUGAUAAUUAAAAUGGACUACAUUGGAGGUUUUCAACUAACUACCAAAAUUUACAGGGACAAGUAAGAGAAAUAUAAAUGAAUUAGUGAAUUAUUACCUCAAUUCUUUUUCAGCGGAAGUUGCCUCAAAUUUUGCCUUCAUCUUUCUUCCUAAACAAGAAUAUUAGGUGAAGAGGAAGAGACUUCCACAAAAACCUCAUCAAGCAUCCUGCACACCACAGACAAGAAAAUUUAUGCACUAGCAUAUCUCUGCAACUUUAAUAGCACGUUCAGUUUUACGAAUUUUGUCUUCUGAUCCUCUUUUAUCUUUUGAAUCUGUGAACAACUUACUACUCAAUCCACCACAUUUUUGAUUGGUAGGAGUUACAAUAGAAUUCGAAUCGAAUCUAAGACUCUGUUUAUAUUAUUUUAAAUCUUUACUUAUAGACCAAUCCUAAAAGUACUCAAUCCACCACAACAUCCUUAAAGAGAUUAUGCUUGAAUAACUGAUUACAGUACUCCAGGUAAUCUACUUCUGAAAAAUUAUAACAUAUUGAUUUUUAAUUUAAUUUUUGUAAGUGAUAUGGAUCAAUUAGUCGUUCUCUUUGAUCUAAAAUGACAUACUAAAGCCAACAGCAAUAUAUAUUAUAGUUGUUCAGAAUCUUACUCAAUUCAUUGAUGGGAGUAAGAGAAUUGGAAAACCGUUUCGUCACCUCAUUGAGAAAUUGCACGAAAAUAACGGAACUGAAGAAGAUUCAGGCCCACAUCGUGAAGCUGUCACUGUCACAGAGCAACUUUCUGGCCACCAAAAUGUUGGAUCUAUGUGACAACUUGGGUCACGUUGGCUACGCCACCUUGCUGUUCCAACAACUAGAAAACCCCAACGUGUUCUCUUACAAUGCAAUUAUCAGAACCUACACCCAUAAUCACAACCAUUCUCUGGCAAUUACGCUGUUCAACCAAAUGCUGACAUGUCCUACGAAAUCAGCAUUGCCAGACAAAUUCACGUUCCCCUUUGUCAUAAAAUCUUGUGCGGGUCUUCUUUGCCUUUGUCUCGGGCAGCAGGUUCACGCGCACGUGUGCAAAUUUGGCACCAAGUCGCAUCCAAUUACGGAUAACGCGCUGAUUGAUAUGUAUACAAAGUGUGGUGAUUUGAGUAGUGCGUACCAAGUGUUUGAGGAAAUGACUGAGCGAGAUUCGGUUUCUUGGAAUAGUUUAAUAUCGGGGCACGCGAGACUGGGGCAGAUGAAGAGUGCGAGGGAAGUGUUUGAUGAAAUGCCUUGUAGGACAAUCGUGUCUUGGACGACUAUGAUUAAUGGGUAUGCUAGAGUAGGAUGUUAUGCUGAUGCUUUGGAGAUUUUCCGUGAGAUGCAAGUGGUGGGUAUUGAGCCUGAUGAGAUUAGUGUUAUAUCUGUUCUACCAGCAUGUGCACAGCUUGGGGCUCUUGAGGUUGGGAAGUGGAUUCACAAGUACUCGGAGAAAAGUGGGUUUUUGAAGAAGACUAGUGUGUGUAAUGCUCUAGUUGAAAUGUAUGCUAAGUGUGGUUGCAUUGAAGAGGCUCGGAACUUGUUUGAUAAGAUGGAUGAGAAGGAUGUGAUUUCUUGGAGUACCAUGAUUGGGGGGCUGGCUAGUCAUGGAAAAGGGUAUGCGGCAAUUCGAGUUUUUGAAGAUAUGCAGAAAGCAGGAAUAGCUCCUAAUGGGGUAACGUUUGUUGGUGUUUUAUCAGCUUGUGCUCAUGCAGGGUUGUGGGAUGAGGGGUUGAGAUAUUUUGAUGUUAUGAGGGUGGAUUAUCGUUUAGAGCCAGAGAUUGAGCACUAUGGUUGCCUUGUUGAUCUUCUAGGACGCUCUGGACGGCUUGAUCAGGCUCUUGACACAAUAUCUAAGAUGCCGGUGCAACCGGAUUCGAGGAUAUGGAACUCUUUAUUGAGCUCUUGCAGGAUUCAUCGCAAUCUUGAGAUUGCUGUGGUUGCAAUGGAACAGCUUUUAAAGCUUGAGCCGGAAGAAUCUGGGAAUUAUGUUUUGCUAGCUAACAUGUAUGCUGAACUUGGCAAGUGGGAGGGUGUAUCGAAUGUUAGGAAACUCGUAAGAAACAAGAGAAUAAAGAAAAUCCCGGGAUGUAGCUUGAUUGAGGUUAACAAUGUGGUUCAGGAAUUUGUAUCUGGUGAUGAUUCAAAGCCCUUUUCACAAGAUAUUUUUUGGAUCCUAGAAGGGCUGACUUUACAUCAAACUAGAACCAAUGACAUGAUGGAAUUUGUCGAGGAAGAUGCAGGCUAAGUUUAUAGUAAAAUUAUUUAGUUUGAGAUUUUAAAUAUUAUGAGAGGCUCAGAGCAAUGUUUGUUCGAUUUGUUCAAUCAUAAGGAUGGAACGUGGUAAGAUGUUGCUAACUAAA